AUGGAAGGCUCAGCGGCACAGCCGUCGGCGCCGUCGUCGAGAUGGAUGGACGUGGAGAAGUCGUCGAUGUGCAACUUCGUCGUAGAUUUCCUGCUACGGGAGAGCUACCUGCUCACGGCGUUCGAGUUGCUCCACGAACUCGUCGAGGACGGCCGGGACGACCAGGCCAUCCGCCUUCGCGAGUUCUUCUCUGAUACUUCUCUGUUCCCCCCCGACCAGAUUGGGCGACUCAGCUCUCUCAGAGGUCCGCACUGUCCCCUGCUCCUCACCUCCCCGUGGUAUCUGCAUUCAAUUGUUUCAAUAAGAUAGCGUGCAAUGUUUAAAUUUUUAUACCAACCGGCACCGCCCCUGGAGUUGGUCGGAUCGCGCAGUAAAGCUAAUUGGACGUAAAUUUGGAUGUUAUUCGCUGAAAUCUUAUUACCGAGUUCGCGUACUGUUCUAAGCAUGUACCCACAAGUUAGAUCCUAUUUGGAUAACUCCAUCAUUUACACAUAUUCCUACGUGUAAUGUACCGUCUUUGAUGAGGUCAAAAGUUCAAGUUAUUGGCGUUAGAAAACCCUGGUAGUGUAUCGCAGUUGGGACCUGGCUUGAUAUGCAAAGAUAAAUUUUUAAAUUUUUGGUUUUUAUAUGCUUUCUAUCUUACAUGAAGAAUUGAUACUUCUUAUGGUUUUGAAAUGCUGUUUGGGGAGCCCAGGGUUUUACUCCCAAAGGAGUGGAAAACAAACGAGGGUGGAAUCUGUUUCAUAGGCUAACUUGGUUAUUUAGCAUAAAAAUUCGAACAAAGCGUUUUUCAAUAAUGAUCUCAGUUUGUGUGAGAUGGAAGAUAUCCUAUCUUUUGAUGCCUAUUUUUGCCUAUUUUUUUCUUGAUUAUCGAUUUGCAUGUUCAGUAAAUCACGCUAGGUCUGGAAAAUAUAUGACCGGUGCUGUUAUUAUUUCAUUUUCCGCUGGUAGUGUCGAUCUUAUUUUGCACUGUUAAAAUGAAAUGAAAUCUGUGCAUACUUUGUUGAUGAGGGUAUAAAUCUUGCCGGUAAACUAACUAUUUUUGGACAAUCAUGCUAUUAGACUUGAUAGAUACUGGUUGGUUUUGGCCUUGAGAUCCUCUAUAUAUUGAAGGAUAAAUUGUUCGUCCUGGAGUUUUUCGAUUAUAAUAUUCCUUGAACGCUUGUUCUUUCAUCAGAUUAUUUGCAGUGGAAGAGCAAACAUGCAGAGCAUGAUUUUUUUUUACGCAUAUGGUUGGCACGUUUAUGGUUGUUACCAAAGAAACAUCAUCUUCAGAGUUAAAACACUUGGAUGACAAAGAAAUUUUUUUAGUUCCUUUGAGAUAGUUAGCAACGACUUGGGGCUGUGAUUCCGUUCAAUCUUGCCUCUGAUUUAUUCCCUUUUAUGGGAAAUAGGGAGAGCUUCUGAUGAAGAACGAGGUAGUUUGGUAGGGGGAAAGAAAUGGGAGUGUAAUUUGAUGAAUAGAAAGAGAGAGAUUGAUUCUCUCUCUCGGAGUUUAAAGGGGCUUGCUCAUGUUGGCUCAGCUGAGGAAAUGCAAGAGAAGAAGAAUUUGAUGCCAGGGUAGAAGCAACAGUAGGCAGUUGGUCUUGGUCUUCUCUGUUUGUUCUGGUCUGAUGAUAUCAGUAAAUACCAAACUCAAAAGGAUAAAGGGGAUAUGAUAAUGUUAAGGUUUUUCAAUAAUCCAAGACAUGUCUCCAUUGUUGUAAUUCUUCCUGAUUUGUUGUUUUUAGUUCUUUGUCCAGCAACACAUUGGGGUUAGAUGGCUCUGAAGAUGAUGCCAGAAAGUAAUCCUAUCGCUGAUCUUGCUUUUUUAUUCUUUCUGAAUGAAAAAUUUAUCCCAUUGCAUUUUUUUUCAUUGUUGCGAUUUGCUUUCCACAAGUUAUGUUAGACGAAGGAUCUUCUCACAAAUGGUUUUCCGUUCUCAGUUGCAGACGCACAAAGUUUGCUAGAAGAGAAAGAAAUGCUACAGGAGAAAUUGGCAAUUAGUGAGUAUGACCUACGGUUGGCUCAAGAAGAUCUUUUAAAGUUAAAAGAUGAAUUACAAAGGAAGUCAGAACUGCAUCCUGAUAACUCUGAUGGUUAGUUCCUGGGUUCCAUUUUCAUCGCUGACAAAUGACCUAGAUUUCUACGUUUAUUUAAUUAUUUUUGAAAAUGAUUAUUCAUUGUAUUUAUUAUCAAUCUUCUUUCUUUAUUGGAAUCCAAUGCAUCCUGUUUUCUUAUGCAAAGUUCAUCUUAUCAGUUUUCUGGCAAAAACUUUAUGCUUGCACUUUCGUUAUUUCUCAUUUAGAUGUUUUUUAUAUGGUGAAAUAUCAAGCAAACUAGCUUCAAAUAUAAUUUCCGUAGAACUGUUUCAUGGAUUUUGUGUAUCCUGAAUAAUGUCUGGUGUCUAACUAAUGGGAUCCCUACAAUAAAACUGAGAAGUGAGAGAACUGACCAUGAAUUUUCUUUCUUGGGGUUCUCCUUUUAGAUACCCAGUUUUUUUAUCUAAAAGAGAGGCUUAGUUCUAAAAACUCAAAAUUAGGUGUACAAUACUUCACCAUUGCUUAUGAUUGUUGGAGACUUACCAUUAAAUGAUUUACGGAAAAGACAAUGGUGACCUUUCGAACUAAUUAUGGCUGUCGUUUUGAACUUUCUCGUGUCUAAUGAUACUGCCUGUUGGACCAGAUGAAAAGCUUAAGAUUAAUUGAGAAAUACGUUGGAAAUUUAUUCUGUGCUCCAAAUAUCUAAUAGGGGGCAGAUUUCAUUUGAUGCAGUAAAUGCUCAAUGACAGUCAAAUCUAUUUUGCUAAUUUCCCUGUCAACCUUUGUAACUCAUAUAAAUUUAAAACUAGAAAGAGGAUUAAUGAUUAUUAUGGUUUGAAUCUUUGACGCCAAAAUUUUUCCCCAAUUUUUAACUUUUUUGCAUCUCACAAAAACUUUUUGACCUGAAAAUGGCUUUUCUCCCUCGAUUGUAGAAGAAAGUGCUCACCAACAUCCGUGGCUGGCCUUUAAGUUUCUAUAUAUUUCUUACUAAUAAUCAGUUAAUAUCUAUCAAAAAUUUUGGUGACCUGUGACUGUAAAUCUUGGAGAGGAGCUGUCUUCCUCCCCCCCAAGCUAAGGUCUGCUUGUGGCCACUUGCUAGCCAAAAAUUAUCCUCUGUUCGCCCUAAAAUGUCACAAAAUGUUGGGCAUUCCUGGCAGACUGGGAUUUCGUCCCUUCUGGACCAGAGUCCUAACUUAUAGGGAUGCUGGUAACCACAUCCUUCCAAGAUUCAAAGCCACGAAAUUCUCGAAGGAUAAGGGAUUAGUGAUACUGUCUUGGGCACAUUUCCCCCCAUAAAGCUGGGUUAGGCUAACGAAUGAUAAUUACUUGAGUAUCCCUCUGCUGACCCACCCAUACUUGUUCGACAUUAUACACUGAUACUUCUUGGAUCCUCAUACAUGAGAGUUGUGGCCACCUUGUUCCUUUGCACCUUGUUCAUGAGCAUGAGAGAUGUGUGCACUUUGUUCGUGUGCACAUGGGUAGGGUCCUUUCAUGCCAAUUGAUUGGUUGAACUCAGAGAUCUGUUCAUGAGCUCUAAGUUUUUUUGAACCUGUGUGAAUGAAUCUUGUCGCAGUCAGGAGGACCAGCUGAAUUAAAUGGUGUCUUUAAAGUCAUGUAUUUAACCCUCUCAGUUUUGCUCAGAAAUUCUCAAAAACUACUAACCAAGACCAUGUGACACAUGUGAGGCGUGCCACACCAUGCCUAUGGGAACCCAGAUGUGGUAAAUCAUAAAGCUUAAAAAUAUUUAGCGAUUGAUUCCAGUUCUCUUUACGUCAGUAAAUAUAAGGAAAUAGCCCAAAAGUGAGUUACAUCAUCGAUCAUCAUAAUCCCACAUAAGACCACUGGGUAUAACCUCAAUUUCUGAUAAAAAAUACCCCAAAUUUUCGUCUGAAAUUUUCAAAGGCUCAUAUUGACCACAUUAGUGCUAAAACUUAUAUGAAAGAAGGACUGAAAAACAUCAAUCACUGCUGAUGGUUAGUGUAGACUUGAGCUCUAAUACCAUUGAUACCUAUCUUGUAUGCAUUUGUCCACAGGGAUGCAAAUGAAAAGCAAUUAAAGACGAUCUCCAAUCUCAGAAACUACAAUUAUUGAUUAACUGUAGUUCCUUUCCGACUUUCCAAAUGUUCCUUUCAAUUUAUUUCAGUCGUUUAUCACUAUGGCUUUUUGGUUCACAAUGUAAAAGUAUCGCAGCUGCAGGUGUUCAAAUCAUUAGCGUAUGGCUCUUUAGGUCUUUCAUGAGCAUGUCUGUACCCAUUGACAUUAAAACAUGGAAACCCCAUUUAUCAGUGUCAAUAUGAUGAGACGUGCUAUUUACUGUACAAAUUCCAUUCCAUAAGGAAAUCCUUUUUGAAAAAAGGUCGUACUGAGAGGCCUGAUACUCUCCCUAUGCACCUUUCGUGGUUUGGAUGAUUGUGUGGAAAUGAUCAUAGUCCUUUCGCAUGUAUAAUUCCUAUUCAAAAGUCUUGUUUACAAGUGUUAGAGAGUGGCCUCUGCCAAAUGAUGGCUUACAUAAGAUCCAGUCAUUAAAUUCGACCUCUCUCUAUGUUUCCUUCCUACAUAUGCACAAAGCUGAAUAACUAGCAUCCUGUGUCUCAUCUAAUCAUUUCUACCCUUGUGAAGGUGUUUGAAAUUAUUUUUGUGACGCUGGAGGUUCUCUAAAAAUUGCCUCACUCAUUUAAUUAAGGCUAUCAUUUUUACUAGCUGAGUGAGUUUGUAUCACUUUGGAUGUUUGAUGUGUAUUGAAUAACAACUAUAAGUACUAUUAUAUGGUUGAUAUUAUGCAUUUAUCAAAGAAAAAAUUCACAAAUGACUAGUUUCAGAAAUCACUCUUUUUUUAGAUUAGACUGUAACUCCUCUGUCACUACUGUAUUUAAUCUUCUCGUUAUAUUGUUCGAUGCUGUAGGUCUGGUAGCAGAUCCUUCCCAGACUGAUGGAGGUGAACAGGAAAAGAGAGGGGGUUCAGUUGAUUUAGGUUCACUGAAGGAUGUGGAGCGUUGGGUUCUUAAUUGUGCUGUGAAAGAAUAUUUAAUGCUUGCUGGUUAUAGACUUACUGCCAUGACAUUUUAUGAGGAGGUAAGAACCAAAUAAUUCCCCAGCAUCCAUUUCACUCUUUGUACGGUGGUAGAUGACGAGUGUUGGGUGGGACCUUGAAAUGGCAUUAUGGAUGUUUCUAGCUGCUACAUGUCUGGAUCACCUUGUCGUUUGUACCUGCAAAUGGGAACUUGUGCUAGAUAUGUCAGAAGGGGGAAUUGUUGUCACACUAGAAAAUGAACAUUUUUUUCAUGUUCUAUUUUUCUCAUCAAACCAGUUUAUCUAUGAAUGCUGAAAUGAUCCAAUUUUGUCCAUCAUGGUUAGUACAUAUAAUGGCAUACACUGCAUCAAUUUCUUAUUUCCUUGUCACAUUUUAAUGAGGAAUGACUUCAAAGAGACCUAUUUGUUGAUAUUUUUCCUGUCUCAUAUUCAUCAAAUGUUGUGUCUUUUGGGUAUGGGGAAGGAACAUCACCGAGAUUGUUUGCACACGUCACGACAGACUGUCAUGCUUGUUUUUUUAUUGUUCAUCGCCAUGCAUGUUACGUUUGCAAUCCAAGGCGCCAUUUUAUUUGAACCUAAAAAAAAGAAGUUUAGCAAAUAACAAUGAAAAUGAAAAAUAUUGAAUCACAUUUGUUCAUCGUUAAUAUUCUUACAAAAUAUGAGGAUCAGUGAAACAAUGAGCAAGAGAAUUUGAAAAAUGAAAUUUCUUAGGUGAAUGUGCUAGUAUUGGAGGGAACUCUGUCACCAAGAGUUGACAAUUUUCUGUACUAAAUUUUACCCUAGUAAAUAGAAUUAUGUCAAAUUGUAUGUAGAAGGCAAUGUAGAAAAUAAUUACUCUUUGUUGCUAAUUUUUGUUGGACAUGAAGGAAAUGGACUAUUUUCUUUGUUUCCUGUGAAGCAAGUUUAUCUUAUUGGUAUCCUAUGAAGUGCAUCAUUUUUUCUGUGUAGAUUACUACUAGAACUCUGUCUUGGACCAAAAGAUGACAUCCUUUUUUCUAACAACAUAUCAACAUUUUGGUUAGAUUUGCAGUGGUAAUCAUUUUUCGUAUUGUCUGCAUUUGCUGAUAAUGAAUCCAGAUGCGGUCACUCAAAUUUUGAACCGAGAACCUUUCACAUUAUUAAAUCAAUAAAAACGCUCAACUUUUUUUAGAUGACCCUUGAAUAGCAUAGUAUGAAAAUUUGAAACUUUGUGCUGCAGGUCACUGACCAAAACCUUGACGUCUGGCCAAAAUCCCCAGCUCAUGUGAAUGAUGCUCUGCGUCAUUACUAUUAUCAGUACCUUUCAUCCACUGCAGAUGCUGCCGAGGUAUUUUUUGAAAUAAACUCCUAGAUGGCGAGUCUCACUUGGUCUCUGAGCAGUGACAAUCCUCAUCAUAUGUUUCUCAUUACUAUUAUAUUGGUUGUUUUCUCAUGUGUUUGUGAUCUAUUAUCUGUUUCAUCCUCAUCCGCUAUCAUAUGUUAAGAUUAACUUACACUUUUCAUGUUCCCUCUUCAAUCUGGACAACAAAGAAUUAAGUAACAACGUUAUCAUAUUUUUGCCAGUGUGAACAUGUCAAAUUGCCUGUGUAAUGCUUAAAAUAGAAUUCUCGAAGGUUUUGUUGAGUUAUAGCACUUUCAUCUGAAUAGGAUGUAAAGACAUUCAAAGGAACGUACAAUUUUCUAUUAAUGAUAAAUUUUAGUGAAAAAAUAUGAAAAGACAGAGUUAAGGGGCAUAGGUAUGCGCAUACUUUGUUAGUCUUGGUUGGAAAAAUAGACUUGACGAGCCUGUUGUCCUGAUAGGCCUGAGGGGUAUAACAGCCAAUAUUAGGAUGAAUUGCUAAGCAAAUCUAUCAUGCAAGCGCUGAAACUUUUGUCUUGUUUAGUAUAGGCGUUGGGUAUGGUGUUUUUUUGGUUCUGUUGUCCUGCACGGUAGAACCUAUCUGUGAAAUUUUUUUAUUGCACAAUGCAAAAUUGAAAAUAUAGUCACAACUAAAUAUGUUAGCGGAUCCUUCAAUGUUGUGAAGAAAUGUCUGGCAUGAAGGUAGGCUACUGUGUCUGAGUCCCUGUUAUUGAAACUUCUAGUUAGUUUUUUAUAAUCUUUGAACUUUUUUCUGCUAUUUCUGGUCAAUAAAGAAAUUCAUGUAUGAGAUUUUGUUAAGUCGGAUUCCUUUUGCUGUUUUGUUGCUUGUUUUCAAUAAAUAUUAGCAUAGAAUGUGAACCUUUUUUUAAUACGAUUUCUUCGUAAUCUCAUCCACAAUUAUUUUGUGGUGGAAACUAUGUUUACUCAUCUAAUGUGUAACAACAUGUUUUCCAUUCGUUUACGGGAAAGUUUAACUUCUUUUGUGUUAUCGUCAUGGGUUUUUAUAUUGCCGGAGAUACGAAACUCUUCAAAUAUUUAUUUUAUUUUGUUGACGUUUGAUUCUAGGAGAAGAUUUCCAUUCUUCGAGAUAGGGAUAAGUUACUGGAAGAAACUGAACGUCUGACAAGUGAAAAGGAGUCUUUGGAGAAAAGUAGGGACUUGGCCAACAACCGUUUAGCAUCACUGACAAAAUUGCUGGAAACAACGCAGAAGGAAGUUAAAGAGAGGGAAAUCAUGGUAUGUUUCCAUAUUUCUACUCUGCUUUGUCACCUUUUUCAUUGUGCUUAAUAAGCCUUCUGUUUUAAGGUAUAUGAUUUAAAGCAGUCUCUAGAGCUUCAGAGGAAGGAACUCAAUGAAUGCAGGGCUGAAAUCACUUCACUCAAAAUGCACAUUGAAAGUUCUCGAGCUAGUCAAGGAUGGGUUAGUGAGAAAACUGAACACUUGCAAUCUCAGAAUAUUGACAGCAGUGUAGAAGACAAAUUUAACCAGAGUCAAGAAGAAAGUUACAAGAGAGAUUUAAUUCCUGAUGAUCCUGUGAGCUCGAUGGUUUCUUGUAAUGAAGACAUGACUGCAGAGGAUACAACCAUUAGAACAAAAGAAGAUUCUUCUCAUCCAAUAGAUGCAAUUUUUUGGAACUCAAAUGUUGCAUACCAGACUCAGUUGAAUGACCCAAUUAAGUCUACCACGGUUACUUCAGAGAAAUCUAUAAGUUCUUGCAAUGGUGAGCUUUCCAUUGAAAGCAAUCACAGAAACUACGAAAACAACUCUAUACCAUCACCAGAUAAUUCCUCAAGGCGAACAGUUUCUGAAAAGUCUGUGAGUGCCUUCUAUUUUCCUUGUUCCCAUAAACAUUUUACAAGGAUUAAUAUUUCUUAUUUGAGACACUCUUAAACUCGUAUUGAAGUCGUUAUUCUUCAUUGCAGGGUUCGGAAGCUAUUCACAUACUUGCAGAUGCUUUACCUAAGAUUGUUCCUUAUGUUCUUAUCAAUCACCGUGAGGUUCUGAUUUAAAAUCUGAUAUUGUUUUUGUAGUUCAUUCUUAGAAGGAUUAACGUUCUACUAAUUUCAUUGUCAAAUGUAAAACAGGAACUUCUUCCUUUAAUGAUUUGUGCAAUUGAGCGCCAUCCAGAAAGUACUGUGCGGGAUUUACUGACACAUACACUAUUUAACCUCAUCAAACGACCUGAUGAACAGCAGAGACGAAUUAUUAUGGAUGUACGCUAUGUCAGCAGUAACAAAUUUAUGCAAAUUAGGAUUUAUUUUGCAUAUUUUUUAAUCCUUACAUAGCAUAGCCCUGACUUCUUUCAUGAAAUAAUGGAAGUCCUACAUCCAUCUCUUUUGUUUUUCAGGCCUGUGUGAUAUUAGCGAAGAAUGUGGGGGAGAUGAGAACGGAAACAGAAUUACUUCCUCAAUGUUGGGAGCAGGUGCAAGGCAAUCUUUUCUGUUUGUUUACUUUCUUUUGCUGACACUAAUGAUGCAGUUUGUUCACGUCUGUCGACUCAACCUUUUAUUCUUGUGAACACAGAUCAAUCACACUUAUGAGGAGCGGAGGCUUCUUGUUGCACAGUCUUGUGGAGAGCUUGCUGAGUUUGUGCGCCCGGAAAUUCGAGACUCUCUAAUUUUAUCCAUUGUGCAACAACUAGUAGAAGACCCUGCUGGAGUUGUUCGACAAGCUGCUGCUCAUAACCUGGCAUUGUUGCUUCCAUGCUUCCCAAAUGUGGACAAAUAUUUCAAGGUCAGCCUCACUAAUGCUCGAGGCAGUCCUGGAGCAGAAAAUUGACCUCAAAAAAUUUGCUAAAAUGUAAGCUCUAGAGCAGGCUAUAUCACAGACCCAGGAAAAAAAGGUUUCGGGGUUACAUAACAAGUUGAAUGCAUUUCGUCAAAGGUUCUAAUGUUAUUUUUUUUGCAUUGUUAUAUAGGUUGAGGAGCUGAUGUUUCAGUUGGUCUGUGAUCCAUCAGGGCUGGUAGUUGAGACAUCUCUCAAGGAACUCGUUCCUUCUGUCAUUAAUUGGGGAAAGAACUUGGAUCAUAUUGCACGGAUUUUGCUAUCCCAUCUCCUAGGCUCUGCUGAGGUGAGCCCUUUUGAUUUGAUUUUUUCCCCUUUUGCAAUUAAAUUUCAUAUUUAGGUUCUCACACAAAAGUGCUCUGCAGAGGUGUGCACCACUAUCAGGGGUUGAAGGUUCAGUGGAUUCUCAUCUUCGUUUUCUAGGUGAACGUGAGCGCUGGAAUAUUGAAGUUUUACUGCGGAUGUUGACUGAGGUUCUCCCUUUCAUUUAUGAGAAAGCAGUCAAAACUUGCCCUUUUACGUCAUUUGUUAAGUCUCUUUCCAGCUCUGAGCCAGAUAAAACCUUUUUCUCUUUCUCCUUGCUCGAGUUAUAUGCAGGGUGAGUCCUCGUUUUUUCAUGACAGGGUGGUUCUGUUUAUCAUUUUGGAAAGGUUUCAUAAUUUUCUUCCAAGUGAAAUGGAGGUUCUGCUCUUCUGAAUUUGUUUUCAAUUUCUGCUUUUAGGGGGCAUGCUGACUGGCCAUCGUUUGAUUGGUUGCAUGCUGACUGUAUUCCUGAUUUAAUUCGACUAUCAUGCUUCCUCCCCACAAGGGAAGACCGUCUCAGAGUUCAUAUGAGGAAGGUAAAUAUUUCUGUGUAGUGCUGAAACGUUUUCUGCUCCAUAUCGUAUCUGCUUUUUCUUGGAAAAUAGGAAUAUCAAAGUUCUGUAUAAAGGCUACGUUAAUAGAUAGGGAAUGAUGGGUCCCUGAAAUCCUCGGACAUUUCUCAUUGUUGGGACGUAGUAAAUCAUAUGGCAGUCCCUGCUUUCAUAGUCAAACUUAGGGGUUGUAAACACUUAAGCUUUUUGUUGCAGUUUCUUCUGGGGGUAUCUGAGAACUUUGGAGAUCAAUAUGUUAUACAUAUGCUGAUCCCUGUUUUCUUGGAAGCAAUGGGGGAUCAUGCUGAUCUCACUCUUUUCCCCAGCAGUAUACAGUCCAGAAUAAAAGGUAUGUCCCAUCCAUCAUCUAUGGCAAUCUUAAUUGGUUGCAUAUAUCAUCAUGAUGGUCAAUAUCAAUUUAUUCUUUUCAACUUACUGUUUCCAAGGCUUUGGCGUCCAUUUUUAAUGAGUUUAACCAAUUUUUCAUGCCAGUUCUCAAACUGCUUUCAACACAAUCAAACUCACUAUGCAUACUUUUGGAAUCUGCAUAUGCUAUGGACCAUUGUGUGUGCAAAAUUGGAAAUUAUGUUUAAGUUCAUUCUAGCACAAGACAAUUGCUAUUUUUUUAUCAUCAAGACUGCUAUUUGCUAGUGCAAUGCAUUCCUAGCUGCUGGAAUAAAAUAACGAAUAAUCAUUUUCCUGCUUGCAGGUCUGCAGCCUAAAACGGCUGUCUCUGAAAGACUUUCAGUUUUGUGCGUCCUUCCGCUUAUGUUGGGGGGCAUUUUUGGUGUCCCAAGUAGACAUGAACAACUUGCACAAUACUUGAGAAAGCUACUAGUUCAAAACACAAUGGAAGGGGGUUCAUGGUCCCUAUACCACACUACAGAUUUAAUUGACGGUGUUCGUUUCCUCUGGUUGGUGCCUAGAUUUCUUGUAACUGGACUCAUUGAUGCUAUUGUCUUUUACAGAGUUUUCAUUUCUUUUGUUCUCUGAUGCAGCAUGUUUAAUGAGCAUCACGCCAUCAUCUUUAAUAUUCUUUGGGAAAUGGUUGUCAGCUCUAAUACAAAUAUGAAGAUCAGUGCUGUAUAUUUGCUGAAAAUCCUGGUUUGUUAUCUAUCUCUCAGUCCAUAACUAUUUCCAGGCUCUUCAAAAUGGCUCUUUAUUGACAUAUCUCUGAUUUUUAAAACUAUAGGUUCCAUAUGUUGAUGUAAAAGUUGCAUCAACUCAUGUUUUGCCUGCUUUGGUUACUCUUGGUUCUGACCAAAAUAUUAACGUCAAGUAUGCAAGCAUCGAUGCGUUUGGAGUUGUUGCUCAGCAUUUCAAAAGUGACAUGGUAAGCUUUUUAGGUUUUUUGUUUGUUAUAAUGUUAAAGUAACCACACAUUUAAAACCAACCGCAUAACUGCAGUCGACUUAUCUAUUCCAAUUCCAGUCAGGCUCAAAACUGGGUUACUCUGAUUCGAGGCUUCUUACACAUUUGUUUAUGUAUGUGCGUUUGAAGAAUAUUAAUCACUUAAAUCUUAUUGUAGUAAAAACAAAAACAAUUAGUCCUGCACCAAUUAGACUUGUUUAGAUAGCUCAGGUUGGAUCAUGUUGCUUUACAUUCAGUUAAGACUAAUCGUAGUUAUGUUAUUUUUUUACUAUUGAUACUGUUCUUGAAGCAAUUGAGAAUGAACAACUUUAUGUUCCCACUUUUGGCACUGUUUUUGAGAAGCCAUAUGCUCAACUGCCACUAUUUGUGUUAAAUUAAUUAUUUAAGUUUAACCAUUAUUUAUUAUUUGAAUAAAAAAUAAUUUUAAAAAUUUUACAUCACUUGUAUGAACAUUUUUUUUCCGGUUCAAAUAUGUUAUAUAUGAUACAUGGAAUUAUCAUCUUUAUCAAAAUUCAAACUUAUUAUAUUUUUUUAAUGCAUUCCGAAACAUUUAUUCUUAAUCAAUGCAAGCCACCUCACAUCACACCUCAUGUAGUUGCUUUGAAGUCGACCAGUACCUUGGUCACCUAAGAUAAAAACGGCUGUUUUGAUGACGAACUGUACAACUUCUGGAUUGUUUUGAAAUUCACCUGGUCCUUGGCUGAAUUUGUUCAAAUAGAGGUGAUAAUUGAAGCUUCUUCUUCAUGUUUGGCUGACUUGACCCUUCUUUCAGAUUGUUGAAAAGAUACGUAUUCAGAUGGAUGCCUUCCUUGAAGAUGGAUCUCAUGAAGCAACAAUUGCUGUUGUCCGUGCAUUGGCUCUUGCUGUACCACAUACGACAGAGAAAUUGCAAGACUAUAUCCCUCAUUAUUUUAUGGUCGAUUCAUCACGUUACUAUAUCUGGCCUUUGGGUUUCAUUAUGGAUAAUGAUUUGUGCUUAUCUGAAUAGGCAGAAUUUUUGUAGACUUGACAUAGAAAGGAAAAAACUUGGUCCAAAACCUUUGGCGAUUCUACUUGGGCUGUUAUUUUUCUUAUUUUAUUGCUUGUAUAUUUGAGAUGAAUAUGCAGGCGUGCUUGUCUUCAGUGUCUGUGUACUUUUUCCCUUUCAUUCUUUGUUUCUUUGACAUAUGACACAUCUCUUGUCGAAGAUAUUCCAGCUUACUAAUUCGCCAGUCCAGGGAAAUCUUUUGAUGCAUCGAUGUGAGAGAGCAAAUGCAUUUUGUGAGUCACUUCGUGCUCUGGAUGCUACAGGUUAGCUAUGAACAUUAACCCAAUCUUUUAUAUACACCUAAUCAUGUUUUAUCCCCAGUUGCGAGAGCUUAGUCAAAUGAGGCAUUAUAUGUUUUUGUGUCUUUUCUGUAACCAUUAUUCUUAUUUAGGCAUUACAUUAACCCAAACCUUUGUCAUGAGGAAUACAUGGAUUGCUAACAGAUAAUAUAUGGGCGCGGCUCUUGUAUUUAGGAACUUGUCAACGAAGGGAUUUUUCAUCAUUCUCACUUUGAAUGUUUUCAGCUCGAAAAUCUUUAUGCGGGAUGAGAAAACAAAAGAGACAAAGGCAAGGAAGAGGAAUAAAUAAAAAUGUGAACAGAGUAGGAUGUAACUUUCAAGGAAAAGUUCUUUCUUCUCUAGGGCACAAAUUCUGUUCUUUUUCCGUUUUUCCUAUGUUUGAAAAACUUUAUUUCAUUAAUGAUACGCACUAAUACAGAAAGUAAAUUCUCUGUACCCUGAUGUUUAAGAUGUCAAGAAAGGUGAGGGAAACAUUCCAAGGCAGAAUUACGAGGCCUUGUCUGUAGAUAUGUAGUUCACCUAAACUAUGGGAAUCCCUGGCAGGCUGGGUGUAUCUCUGCACUUUCAGAGAGUCAAGAACUGUUAUGGUGUUUGUUGCAGUUGCCCAAUCCAUCAUGAGAUAUUUUAGUUCUACUGUUCUUUCCUUGAAAUUCUUCUGAAAUGUUGAGGGAAUUCAUUUUUGGCUAACAACUAACCUGUAGCAUGCUGUGACAAAGAUGACGGAUUUUGAGGGAUAAAUUUUAUUUACAACGAUUUAGUUUUUAUCUGGUUUUUUAUGGUCUUAUCUUAACGAAUUUCCUCCCCUGCCCUAAAUAUUCAAAGCCAUUUUAUAAAAUAUCAAAGUUUAACCAGUCUCACUCUUGUACUUCUCCAAAUCUUAUGUCUAGUUAGCAGAUGCAUUCCGUUUCUAGUUUUAUCACCUUGCCUUUGUUCUGUUCUGGGGCAAAGUAAGAGCUCCUCCUCUCAACAAUCCAGAGGAGCUUCUUCCCCGGCAGUUGGAAGAUCAAGAGAAGCUGAUGUAUUAUGAUUCUAUGGAAUGCUUCUGUAUUGGAAGAGAUGUGAGACUUCUGACCAAUGAAGUGGGGAGCUAUAUCCCUAAUUUCUAUAAACUUGAAAGGGGGAUUUGAAUAGGGCCUGUCUGGAACAAAUGACCAAUCAAUUAGAGGAAAGAAUGGAGCGAGAACCUGGAGGAAAUAAUAGAACAUUAAUGGAUCCUAGUGUGCUCGAGUGUAGUUCGACGGAAUUACCAAUAUUGAGUAAAUGUUAGGAGAAGCUAGACGGAAUGUGGACUUCGCUGCAUUCAUUGCAUUCAUGCCGUUUGAGACGGAUGUUAUUCUUCUUCUCCAUGGAUUUCCCAUUCGCAAGGUUGUGCCUUAGGGUUGCCAAACCAUAGUAAAAUCUUUUGGAUUACUCAAACGGCAGCGCGUUCCUGGUAAAGAAAAAGGAUGAAGCUCCUUGGUCUUCUUCCCCACUGAUUUUUCCCAUUCGCCACCAGAAUGUGUGUUCACAUCAAGAGAAUCAUACAACAGUAUUAAGUAUAAUUAUCCGGAUUACUCUUGCAGCAGAUUGCCCAGAUUGCCCGGAUGGCUCAUUAUUGAUUUUAUUUUGUGGCCGCUUCUUAUGAAAUCAGGCGGCACUGACCCUGGUGAUGUUUUCUCCUGCAGAUCUUCCCUCCACAAGCGUCCGAGAGCUCCUGCUGCCGGCCAUACAGAACCUCCUGAAGGACCCGGAGGCGCUGGACCCGGCGCACAAAGAAGCCCUGGAGGUGAUCGUCAGGGAGAGGUCCGGGGGGACCCUGGAAGCCAUCAGCAAGGCGAUGGGCGCUCAUCUCGGCAUCGCCUCCUCGGUCAGCAGCUUCUUCGGCGAGGGCGGGCUGCUGGGGAAGAAGGACGCCGGCGAGGCCCACGACGGCGCCGCCUCCCCGCAGGGGGUGGCGCCGCCCCUGCCGUCUGUCGGCCAGGAGGACACGAGGUUCCGGAGGAUCAUGAGGGGCAACUUCGGGGACAUGCUGCGACCCAAGCCCAAGAGCCAGGACGAGGCGCCUCAGGGUUAG